AUGGAAAUAUCGCUAGCUCAAGAAAAUUGGUGCUCUGAAGAUUGUAGCCAAAAUUCAAUGUCUAAUGGCGACAACGACAACGAAACAAUAUCUUCCGGAAGUGUUGGAACUGGCGGUGGUAAAAGAAAUUCCUUAAAAAAAUGGCUUCACAAAGCUGUAUUGGGGUAUGAUGUAGAUGAUAGCUUUGAUAAUGAAGAUACGGUAGUAAUUGAAGAAGAUGAUGAUUUGGUUUUUAUUCCUACUACCUCAGAUUUGUCGAAUGGAUUAUUUUCCUCCAACAAGGAAUUAUCACCAUUACUAUUUGAGCAAAAUCCUGGGCGUAAGAAUUAUCGUAGACAAAAGAUAAAAGAUUUUAAAUUUCAUUUAAAGAUGAGGAUGCGUUUGGCUAGAGGUGAUGAAACCGAUAAAAAUGGUGAAAUGCUCUAUAGAAGACAAUGUUUGAUGGGUCAAGACGGUGGUGGUGAUAGUGGUGAGUAUAAUGAGGAAGAGUUAGAUUGUUAUCAAAUGUUCAAGACCCAACCUGAACACUUAGAUGCACUUUUCGACUAUGCAAUGAAAAGUUCAUUGGAGCAAACAUCGCCCUCAGACUUUGCUGAUUUUAACUAUGCUUCUAGUCCAGUUAAAGAAUUGCAGCCAUUCCAAAACUUAAACUACGAUGAUAUAAACUUAAAUGUGGAGCAUGCUGCAUUUGUUCCACUUGAUGUUUGGGAUAUAGAUAAAGAAAGUGAUUCAAAACGUUUAGAUAGUGCAGAAGAUCCAAGGGUUUGUGGUUCUAGCAAUGAUAGUAAAGGGGAGGAGGAUUGCCCGACAUUGUCGAUGGACAGUACAGAAAUGGAAUCCUUCACGACAGGUGAAUCAACUGAACGAUCAUUGGAAUUGACACCGUCAGUUUAUCUGGCUAACGAAUUGACUAUGAAAGAUGGCGCUACAGGUAGCGAUGUUGCUAAUGAUAGCUUUAAUUCGACAGAAGGGGAAGUAGAGGAGACGUCUUGUGAAGAUUCCCAAGAUACUCAAAACACUUUAUGCAGCUCUGGAAGUCCCAGCAUUGACUCUGUUUUAGAUUCUGGUGAUUCCAAUACUAUAAUUUAUACAAUUCCUACUUUCAAGCAAGGACGUGGCCAGCUAAACGUAUCGGGUAUAAUACAAAGCUUUAAAGAUGGCACCUUGACUGAAAAAAAUUUGACUCAAAUGGCCAAGGGAAGCUCUUUGGGUCUCUCUUUCCGUAGUAAGGAGUUCUAUGAGCAACCGCCCUCGAGUGAUGAAGAUGAGCAAGCACAAGGACGAAAGCAGGAAAUGCCAAUGGCUCCCUCUGAAAAUGAUAAUAUUAGGGAAGCUCCAGAAAAUUACGGGGUUGAGUUUGCUGGAAAUGGUGAAGGUGUAAAAUUUGACAAAUAUUCGCACAUCUUAGUCUACAGGGCGGUUAAGAGAAAUGUGCAAGAUAAAGGGUUUAGUUGUCCUAGUUUGAGAACGCCGAACAAUGGAAACAGUUCUAUAACAUCUGGAGUCAGUGAGUCACCAUCGGCCUCCAAGCCAAUUCUCAAGAAGACAGAUAAUGAAAGAGAAUCUGAAGAGAUUGUGAGAGCUACACUCUGUGAUAAAGUAGAUGUGAAGUCAUUUUUAGCUUAUUUUGAAUAUUUUGAACACCAAAAGCAUUCAGAUGAGGUUAACCUGAGUAAGUUUAGAGAGGAGCAGUUAAGCCAUUAUUAUUCAAAGGAGUUUUUCCCAGAACUAUUAGAAGAUAUAAAGUUUAAACAUGCUUUCAAUAGUGAAUAUAGGAAAAGCAAAAUGGCCACAGAAUUAAAUAUUGGUCGAAAGAUUGGUGAUGGUGAUGAACAACAUGUUCGUCGUUUAGUCAACGUUAUAGAAGAUCCUACAAUAGGAUCCGCCAAUUUUAAAUAA